ACUUUGAACGCAGCGAUGGAGAAUCAAGUGGCAGCCAAGGACAGGGAGCUAAAAUCGUGCAAUCGUCGAUCGGAAGAACUAUCCACCAAACUUGACAUCAUUCGUAGGUGGUGUGAGUGGCUCAUUCAACCACCGGGCUCACAGUUCGCUCGGCCUGACCGAAGUCCCUACUUUGAGACGGAUGAGUUCACGCUUUAUGGUGAAUCGGCUGAUCUUGGAGAGAGAGAGGAGCGAAUGUGUUGCCGAUCUUACAGGUUUCUUUCGGGGACAGAAGGCAAUCUGAAGGCACACAUUCAUUGCCAACGUUACAUGAACUCAUUGUGGCGAUCAUGUUUGCUCUCGUAG